CCCGCGGCGCGCGCACAGCACCGGGCGCAGCCGCCGCCGCCGCCUCAGCCGCAGCAGCGCCGAGACCGCCGCGCCCUCCUCGUCCUCCUCUUCCUCCUCCUUCCUCCUCCUCCUUCCUCCUCCCGGAGCCCGCAGCCUCCUCGCCCCUCUUCCCCCCCGGACCCCGCGAAGAUGGUGGACCGCGAGCAGCUGGUGCAGAAGGCCCGGCUGGCCGAGCAAGCCGAGCGAUACGACGACAUGGCGGCCGCCAUGAAGAACGUGACGGAGCUGAACGAGCCCCUGUCCAAUGAAGAGAGGAACCUGCUGUCCGUCGCCUACAAGAACGUGGUGGGGGCGCGGCGCUCGUCCUGGCGAGUGAUCAGCAGCAUCGAGCAGAAGACCUCUGCAGAUGGGAACGAGAAGAAGAUCGAGAUGGUCCGUGCCUACCGCGAGAAGAUCGAGAAGGAGUUGGAGGCGGUGUGCCAGGAUGUGCUGAGCCUGCUGGACAACUACCUGAUCAAGAACUGCAGCGAGACGCAGUACGAGAGCAAAGUCUUCUACCUGAAGAUGAAAGGGGACUAUUACCGCUACCUGGCCGAGGUGGCCACCGGGGAGAAGAGGGCGACCGUGGUGGAGUCUUCGGAGAAGGCCUAUAGCGAAGCCCAUGAGAUCAGCAAGGAGCACAUGCAGCCCACCCACCCCAUCCGGCUCGGGCUGGCGCUUAACUACUCGGUUUUCUACUACGAGAUCCAGAACGCGCCGGAGCAGGCCUGCCACCUGGCCAAGACAGCCUUCGACGACGCCAUUGCCGAGCUGGACACCCUCAACGAGGACUCCUACAAGGACUCAACGCUCAUCAUGCAGCUCCUCCGCGACAACCUAACGCUCUGGACGAGCGAUCAGCAAGACGACGACGGCGGAGAAGGCAACAACUAGACCCCCCCGAUGGACUGGCAGCCGCACGCUGAUGCUAACUACUGCAGUCUUUAUUUUUUUCCCACGAGUGGGGGGGGGUCCGGGGUGGGGGAGGGAAAGGGAGGGGACACCUUCCCAGGGAGGCCCCCCACAACCUGUCUUUGAUUGCCUCGUUGACAUUUUUGCCAAAACACCACUAGUGGAAGUCAGGCUGGCUGUGCUGGUAUGGAAUAGCAGCCUCACUGGCAUAUGGACUGUUCUGUAGAUUAUUAAUACAAGUGGAGCUGUCUUUAAUUUAACUUUAUUGCUAGAAAUAAAAAAAGGGUUUUAAGACGAAUUUGCGUGGAUGGAAUGGCCCUCAUUUUUAAGGAAAGCAACGCAAAAACAUUUGAAAAAAAAAAAAAAAGGGAGUUCUGUGGUUCCAGUAAGGCUUUGAGCGUUUGUUUCCGCAGCCCAGGUGCCGUGUGCCCACACCACGUCGCGGGGCCUCUCUCUGCAGCGCUCUGCCUGCCAGGGCACAGCUGCAAAUCCCCAAAUUGAGAAGGAAUUAAAAAUAAAACCAACAAAACUAAAGAAUUUGGGGCUUGCAAAGCCCUGGGAUUUAGGCCAUCCAAUAUUUUUUCCUUUUUUUUUUUUUUUUUUUUUUGGUUGAGAUAUUUAUUAGGGUGUAGCUUACAGUAUUAACACUAAAUUGCAGUUUACAGUAUUUCUACAUUACAGCCAUAUGACAUCAAGCCUUUGAUUGUCUGUUUUUCUUUCUUUUGCUAGUUCUUUUGGCUUGCCUUCCUGAGCAGUCCUCGCCUGUGGACUGGCUUUAGCUAUUCUGUGUCGCCCAAGGCAAGAAGACCGCCCGCCCGAGGAACAUCAAAGCUGCUCUAGUUUUUUGGUCAACAGCUUAACAGGUGCUUGGCUAGCGGCUGUUUCAACUAUUUUAAGUCCACAGCAAAAGGUUUAAGAACUUAAUUAGACAAAGGGGGAAGUGUUUAAACUUAAAAAUGCCACUUAAAUAAAAAACCAAUAAAAAAAUAUUUAAAAAAAGAGCAUUCAGGUCUGUAUGUCAUGUACUGUGUUUGGUAUUUCAAAAGACCAUCCUGAUUUAAGGUGCCACAGCUGCUUCCUCAGGGAUUGCACUGCCAUUUCACUCUGCCUGACUUUCUCCCACUGUACCAUGAGGUUUGUCAGCAGAUCUCCAGCACCCAGGGCUCCCUUGUUUGUCACCAGGGAAGCCGGGUGUGUUUUCUUUUCUCCUGGGGAAGCUUGUGGUGUAAUGAGUGAACUUCAGGAGCUUAGACGCUAAUUUGGUAGAGAAAUUCCUCAAGGGAAGAGCUACAAUCAUAGACAUUUCUGUCCACCAUCGGGAGCCCAGAACUUAGUUCUCUUCUUAGCAAAAUCUUUUCUGAGUCUGUCUGAUCCGGCCGGGGGUGGGAGUUGGGGCAUCUGAAUUGCUUAGCAGGUACUACUUACCCCAUUUUGAGUAACUUUAGCUUUAAUUUUGAUUUUUUCCAUGGUUGUUGGAGGUUCACUGCUGUUCUCUGGCUCGCGGAGUGCUGCGCCCUGCAGCGCUUCCCCCAGCGCUGCGCAGUGAGGAGAAACCGCGCUCGUGCUUUAAUUCCUUGUCGUGAUUCUGAGGCUGAUUUUGGAACCAGGCUUUCCCUGUCCCUUGCGAGAGCCAGCCCGACACGGCGCGUUGUGGUGAGGCACACACGGCACCGCCGCUCCCGCUGCCGGGGCCCGGGGGGACGGACACGGCUCCGGCCCCUCCCGCCGGCCCCGAGCCGCUGCCCGGGAGCGCCUCAGCCCCAGCCCUGCCCGGCACGGCUUUGUUUAGGCCGGGUUUCCCCGGCACGGCUUUCUUUAGGCCGGGUUUCCCCGGCACGGCUUUCUUUAGGCCGGGUUUCCCCGGCACGGCUUUCUUUAGGCCGGGUUUUCCUGCUCCGAGUGUCCCCCAGGGAAUUCGGGGCGCAGCAUCCCGCGGCCAGGGGUGUGCGGUGCCGGGACCGGGAGAUGCUUUAGGCUUCUGACCUCCCUCUCAUCGACCCCCGUGUCCCGUGAGCAGUGUUGUCCCAGCUGUGUAAUUGGAAGUGAUUUACUGGAAUUACAAAACCUAUCUUUUUUUUUUUUUCUUUUUCUCCAAAUAAUUACUACUCUUUUUGGCUUUUUGCUCUGGCUGCUUUAGGAAACUUAUGCAGGAGAGAUGGCACAAGAGGGCUAAAAACGGAGUGGGGGUCAGGGACUUGAUUUUUAAGCAGCUUGAAUGGUUUCUUUAAUUUUUUAAGAGAUGCACUUGCCUAUGAUACUGUCUCUCCAGUGAAAUGAUUACUGCUCCAUUACUCUAUUGAUACAAUAUUGUGCAUGCUAGUGUCGUAUUUCUAUACAGUAGCUUGAAAUUUAUUAACUUAUACUGUAGAUGUUAUGUAUUCCUAUGACAAAAUAGUCUUCAAAAAUUUUUUAAAGUUUUUUAAUUUAUUUUUCUUUCCUUUUUUUUUUUUUCGGGGGUAAAGUUUGCUCUACCAAAUAGUGAUCGUAACAAACUGAUCUGUUAUGGAUGUUGCUAUAGUGACAUGCAAUUAUAUAUGAUUUUGUUUUUAAAAAGGAAAAAAAAAAAGCAAAAGAAAACACCAGUGUUAGCUUAAUCUUAAUGUCUGGUGUUCGUCAUGGUGAAAUUAUAACUAUUACAGUGUAGGAGAACAAUGACUGUGUUCUUUGAAUGAGCCUUUGUUUGUGCUUUUUGUCAUGUUAUGCAGUGAACUAUUUUUAAGGUCUAAUCAGUGAUUAUUUUUCCAACUCCGUGUUUCUGUAAGGAAUUAUUUCACACACGGACCAUUCUUAGCAGUUUUUCCUCAGUGAUGGAAUAUCAUGAAUGUGAGUCAUUAUGUAGCCGUCGUACAUUGAGCAAAUAAACUUACAGAUCUGACGUCA